AUGGUAUCACGAGUAGGUAUCGAUCCUCCGUCACGCCUAGCGCCCUCCGCGCUCUCCGCGCUCCUAGCGCCCUCUCGCGCCUUAGCGCGGCCCUCAGCCCGCCCCACGUCGCGCCCCUUAGUAACCCCCCCCACCGUGCCCUCCCCUUCCCCUCCCCGUCGCGUUACCUCCCGUCCCCCUGCCCGUCGCGUCGCCUCCCUUCCCCCUGCCCGUCGCGUCAACCGUCGCCCAGGCCCGCGCGUAGCCCGUCGCCCAGGCCCGCGCCUAGCCCGUCGCCCAGGCCCGCGCGUAGCCCGUCGCCCAGGCCCGCGCGUAGCCCGUCGCCCAGGCCCGCGCCUAGCCCGUCGCCCAGGCCCGCGCGUAGCCCGUCGCCCAGGCCCGCGCCUAGCCCGUACGCCCUGGCCCCCGCCCAUCCCCACCGUCAAAACCGCCCACCCGCCCUUUCCCACCGUCCAAACCGCCCUCCCGCCCAUUCCCACCGUCGAAACCGCCCUCCCCGCCCAUUCCCACCGUCAAAACCGCCCUCCCGCCCAUUCCCACCGUCAAAACCGCCCUCCCCUCCCCUCUCUCACUGUUCAUCACCUUAGCCCCACCGCCGCCUUGUGCGCGAGGCCCUCCCCAAAUCUGAUGACACUGGACUAUCCCUCAGCGGCUGGCAGCCGCUCUCCCUCGCCGGUCACCUAG